GAAGUGAACCUCUGUCAUCAUAGGCUACUCUGGCAUCGCCUAUACCUAUAACACAUUUUGUAGGACUGAAUGCAACAUCACAUGGUUCAUUGAAGUCAUUGGAUACUGAAUACAGAUGCUUUAUUUCAAGAUACCGAGACCCGGUGCAACAUAGGCUAUCUACUGUAUCUCAGAUGGGUUAUCUGUCGACGAGGUAGAAGGAAAAUGUUCCUAUCGCUUUAACAUUUUAUGACGUCACCCAGAUGCAGAUCUCCAUCUGAAAAUAUACUUUAUUCAAUAGAGUUAAAACUGCUCCGAGUGUGGACAAAACAACAUGUAUGUAAAUAUUAUUUCACAGAUACAGAGUGGCUUCGGCAGAUAAUAAGACAUCCUUAUUGUGGCAAAAAUGGGAACCGCACUCAUUCUGCAGCAGCUUUGAGUGAAUUCGAGUGAGCAUGUGUCAGUUUUAAAAAGAGAGAAAGAGAGAAAAAAAAAGAGAGCGAGAGGGAGAGAGAGAGAAAGAAAGAAAGAAAGAAAAAGAAAGAGAGAGAUGAAACACACAAGCAGCUCUUCUAAGGCAGCAGCCGAGGAAUAUUCACGAGCGAGAGGCUGCAAAAUAAUGAACAUCGUUAGGCAACAACCCUGUAAAAGUAAUUAUGAUAUGCCAAACGAAGCCACAACGAAACGGAAGAUCCAUUCAUAGCUCCCCUUUGUAGCCAAUAUAAAACAUCAACGAAGAAUCGCAAGUAGGCUAAGCAAAGGAGAGGUCUGAAACCCCGUUUGGAGAGUCUUUAUUUUAUUCAUUUAAAUAAUUCGUUAAUGUUGGCCUUCUCGCAACAGAGGGAGGCGCCGUGGAAAUGUAUCACCAUGGAGAGACGGAGAGAAGACGAGCAUCCUUUGCGUUGAGUUAGCCGCUAAUGCGUUAUACGCAUUUGUUUUUAUUAUUGUUUUAUUUUCUCUGCUUUCUCUUAAGGUAUCAAACAUGUGGUGAGCUAUCUGUCGACUAGAGAGAGAGAGAAGGGUGUUGUCAGAAAGAGGAAAGACAGAAGGAGGGGGCAUUAGGUGUUUUGGGGGGGGAACGGGGGAGACAGACCGACACCGAGAAGGUGAAUUGAUGUGCGAAAGCCUGCGACACGUCACUUUCCUGAGAAAUAAUCAUGCAAAAUAAAGAAAUGGCGUAAACCAUAACCCCAUAAAACAAGAGAGCGAACAAGACACAUCUUCAAGGGAGACCCUCGCGUUCUCACGCACAUUGGGAAUAUUUGGGGUGUGGCGUGUUGGCCGUGGGAGCUGUCAGUCUGCAGCUGGCCUAUCUGGAGCUCUCAGGAGAAUGGACCAGAGCAGACAGUCUAGCUGAGGAUGCCCCCCGUCCAUCCCCAUCUCUACACCUGCUCUCUCACUUCUCACACCAUGCUAGGAAGACGCACUCUGCACCUCUGCUUCUGACCACCCCCUACCCCCCCCCCCCCCACCCCCCCACCCCUCCCAAUACCUUAUUUAUCCCAGUAUCUCCAAUAACCUACUAAUUUUAGGUUAUUUGGAGGUCCUUUCUAUACCCAUUUCUGCCCACGAGUGAACUCUUGGUCAUAAUUUGUUUUUCUGGCCAGAAGACUGAAGGACAUGUCCUUCUUCUCAGAGAGUGGUCCCAGACGGCAGGGUUCUGGUGGGACGCGGCGCUCCAGCCCCCGCAGGAUGUCUGACCCGUGUCUGGUGUGUCUCCUGAGCCUGGCCCUCUGCCUGACCCUGUCUUCCUGUCAGCGGGCCGACCUCAGCGGGAAACACCCCAUGGUCACCACGGGCUAUGGCAAGCUGCGCGGCGUCAGGAAGGAGCUCAACAACGAGAUCCUGGGGCCCGUGGAGCAGUACUUGGGCGUGCCCUAUGCCACCCCGCCCAUCGGCGAGCGUCGCUUCCAGCCCCCUGAGGCACCAGGUUCCUGGCAGGAGAUUCGCAACGCCACCCAGUUUGCCCCUGUAUGCCCGCAGAACGUACACGGGGUGCUGCCUGAGAUUAUGCUGCCGGUGUGGUUCACUGACAACCUGGAUGCUGCAGCAGGCUACGUUCAGAACCAGAGUGAGGACUGUCUGUACCUCAAUGUCUACGUGCCCACUGAGGAUGGUCCACUCACAAAAAAACACGAUGAGUCUACAAUGAACAAACCGAGGGAUGAAGAUAUCCGUGACCGUCGGAAGAAGCCAGUGAUGUUGUUCAUCCAUGGCGGCUCCUACAUGGAGGGGACGGGAAACAUGUUCGACGCCAGCAUCCUCGCAGCCUACGGCAACGUCAUCGUGGUCACCAUGAACUACCGUCUGGGCGUGCUCGGGUUUCUGAGUACCGGGGACCAGUCAGCCAAGGGGAACUAUGGUCUGUUGGACCAGAUCCAGGCUCUACGUUGGCUCAAUGAGAACAUUGGCCAUUUUGGAGGAGACCCAGAGAGGAUCACCAUCUUUGGCUCCGGCGCCGGAGCCUCCUGUGUCAAUCUGCUCAUCCUCUCCCACCACUCUGAGGGGCUGUUCCAGAGGGCCAUAGCCCAGAGCGGCUCAGCCAUCUCCAGCUGGUCGGUCAACUACCGGCCCCUUAUGUACACCAAGAUCCUGGCUAAGAAGGUAGGCUGCAGCUACGGGGACACGGGCGACCUGGUGGAGUGUCUGAGGAGGAAGAGCUUCAGGGAGCUGGUGGACCAGGACAUCCAGCCGGCCAGGUAUCACAUCGCCUUCGGCCCCGUGGUGGAUGGAGACGUGGUUCCCGACGACCCCGAGAUUCUCAUGCAACAGGGGGAGUUCCUGAACUAUGACAUCCUGCUGGGGGUGAACCAGGGAGAAGGGCUGAAGUUUGUGGACGACAGUGAGGGGGAUGAUGGGAUCUCUGCAGCUUCCUUCGACUACACCAUCUCCAACUUUGUGGACAACCUGUAUGGAUACCCUGAGGGUAAGGACAUCCUGAGGGAGACCAUAAAGUUCAUGUACACAGACUGGGCCGACAGGGACAACGGAGACAUGAGGAGGAAGACCCUGCUGGCACUGUUCACAGAUCACCAGUGGGUGGCGCCAGCGGUGGCCACAGCCAAGCUGCACGCUGAGUUCCAGUCUCCUGUCUACUUCUACACCUUCCACCACCACUGCCAGACGGAGGCCCGGCCAGAGUGGGCGGACGCGGCCCACGGGGAUGAGCUGCCCUACGUGUUUGGGGUCCCCAUGGUGGGAGCCACCGACCUGUUCCCCUGUAACUUCUCCAAGAAUGACGUCAUGCUCAGUGCUGUGGUCAUGACGUACUGGACCAACUUUGCCAAGACCGGGGAUCCCAACCUGCCUGUACCCCAGGACACUAAAUUCAUCCACACCAAGCCCAACCGCUUUGAGGAGGUAAUCUGGACCAAGUUCAGCUCCAAGGACAAGCAGUACCUGCACAUUGGCCUGAAGCCCCGCGUCAGGGACAACUACCGGGCCAACAAGGUGGCCUUCUGGCUGGAGCUGGUGCCUCACCUGCACUCCAUGCAUGAGGACAUCUACCCCAUCACCACCCGCCUGCCGCCUGGAGGAGGAGGUCCCCGCGCCCACCGACCUGGCCCCCCUGGGGCACGCUCCACCCGCCACCCCGUCAUCUCCACCAACCCCCCCGAACCCGAGCCAGACCCCUCCGAGCCGCCCCGCCGCAACCCGUUCCCUGACGAGAUAAGGGACUACUCCACGGAGCUGAGUGUGACAGUGGCGGUGGGCGCCUCGCUGCUCUUCCUCAACGUGCUGGCCUUCGCAGCCCUCUACUACAAACGGGACAAACGCCACGAGCUGUUGCAGAGACGCCACCGCCGCUUGUCCCCGCAGCGCGGCAUGGGCACCACCAUGGGAGGGGUGGGCGCCCCGUCCCACAACGACCUGGCGCUGAGCCAGGAGGAGGAGCUCAUGUCCCUGCAGAUGAAGCAGCAGAGGGUGGAGAUGGAGCACGGCAUCGGCACGCCCCUCCCUUCCCGGGGUCUCCACGGCGACCUGGAGCCUCUACGGGCGCAGGUGGGCCCACCAGACUACACGCUGGCCCUGCGGCGGGCACCGGAGGACGUGCCGCUGAUGACGGCCAACACCAUUACCAUGAUCCCAAGCACCAUCAGUGGCAUGCAGCCCCUCCACCCUUUCAACACCUACCCCCCCGCCCCGCCCCCCCCCACCACCCCCACCCCUGGCCACAGCAACAACGCCCUGCCACACCAACACUCCACCACCCGAGUAUAGGACCAGGCACAACCUGUGGUUCAGCAGAGAUACAAACAAACACCACAGAUGGAUCCCCUCCUGUUCUUUCUCUCUCUCACUGGGAUUAUCCUCCAGCUUUUUCCUGGGACUCUUUUUCUGUGUUGCUUUUUUCUUUUU